AUGGAAGGGUUCAUUCGCCCUCAAAUAGCUUCACUUGCCCUAGUUGAAUUUGUUUGUAAACUGCUUCUCGUCCCUGACUGCUUUGCCGCAUUGACUCCGAUAAUUGAAGAGCUGAGAUGGAACCGUGAGAUCGUCCAGCAUCCUAGCAACCCCAUGAUCACCAGUAUCUUGCAAUGCACCCAGCGUCUACGUCCUACAGUUGGACUUCACCAUUCUUCAGGCAUCUCUGUCGCUCCUCUCCUCGUGCCUCGGUACCCCCCUCUUCCACCAGGUCCAGCUCCGGCCACGCCUGUGGUCACUACACCAACAAAGGAGCAGUCCAAGAACGAUCGCACUGGUUUCACCAAGUCGCAACACGCCCCAAUCAAAGCAGAGGUUCCGUUCGAAGACCAGCUGAGGGCGUUGGACCAGAGAGAGGCAAUUAUCGUGGCACAGAUAAAAGCUGGGGUUCCCCUAAGUGCUGCACAGGUGCACGGUGAUUUUAUGGAAAUUGGCCAGAGCAGACUAUACCUACAAGAGAAGGUCAGACUGGAGGUAGCUGGAGGCAAGUGGGCGGACAGGCUGGCGGAGAGACAGAAGAAGAUGGGUGAGAAGGAUGAAGCGCCCGAUUGGUGGCUACUUCCUUGA